AGAUAGGCUGCAGCCUGAAACUCUGAAUCACUCCUGCGGUGCUGUUGAAGAAGCGGAAAUGGCAGUUAUGGCUGCACUUCAGAGCUCAAUGAGCACUCUUUCUCUCUCCUCAAGCUCCUUCUUCGGCCAACGGCUCUCUCCGACCCCUGUCUUACCUCUUCCUGUCAAGUCAAGAGAUAAUCCAUGCCUCAUUGUAAUGCGGAUUAAAAGAUGGGAGCGGAAGGAAUGUAAGCCAAACAGCCUUCCAGUUUUACAUAAAAUGCAUGUUAAGGUAGGAGAUACAGUUCAAGUAAUAUCUGGGAGUGAUAAGGGUAAAAUUGGAGAGAUCACACAGAUCUUUAGGCACAACAGUAGUGUGAUUGUUAAAGAUAUAAACCUGAAGACAAAGCAUCAGAAGAGCAGAGAAGAGGGUGAACCAGGGCAGAUAAUUAAGAUUGAAGCACCUAUUCAUAGCUCGAAUGUGAUGCUUUAUUCCAAAGAUCAAAAGGUAGCAAGCCGUGUGGGUCACAAAGUGCUAGACAAUGGAAAAAGAGUCCGUUUCCUCAUAAAGACAGGGGAAAUUAUUGACAGUGAAGAGAACUGGAAGAAACUGAAGGAAGCCGAAGGAAAGAAAACUGAAGCCGUUGCUGCUUCAUAGGAGCCCAGCUCCUGACCUCACCAAGAUGUAGUGUACUUUCUGUAAUUCCAAUGUUCCUAGAAUCUUCCAUCUUUGCUUUUCAAUUACAUUAAACAUCUAGAAAUCUAUUUUUUUCUUUUUUUCUUUUGUUGCUCUUCUUAUGGUCUUCCAAUUUUCUGAUUAUGAGUAAGCGGUUUUAUUUAGUAAAAAAAUAAGAAUUAA